GUGAGGCGCCGCUCGGUGCAGCGCCGGCCGGGCCAGUGCCGGGUGCACGGGGGUCUGGUCGGGGAAGGAGGCUGGCUGGCUGGGGACACUGCUCUCCGACGGAUCGCUGACAACCUAAUUUGUCCCGAAAUAUAUUUAUGGAGCGGUGCCGAGACAGCGUCUUUUUUUCGAGCUCAUUAAGCUUCUGUAGGCGUCGCCCUGCGGCUGGUUUCCUGGCUGCACCGCGUCGUUGGUUAUAUAUCUGAUUUGUAGUUGUGCGGCUGGGUAUCAUACCGUAAAGCCAGCUUGACACGAGAUACCUGUAUGAUUCUUGGCUAAUCACCGAAAUCGCUUGAGUGGCCCGAUUCAAGCAGGAAAACACGAUUAAUGCGUCGUCUUUCGUGCUGGGCGACGCUUGAUCACUGGAGUUUUUUGCAUUUCCAUUGUUAUUUGUAUAUGUUUGCCAAGAAUAUAAGGCGAAGUCACGUUUAAGGGGAAACAAACUUUUUGUAGAGCUGAAGAUGAGCAACAAUGGUUUAUAUGCAAAGCCAAAGAGGAGAAAGCCGUUGCAGAAAAGUGCAAAGUCCAGCCCUGUUGGUGUCAAAUCAAACCCUUCCAAGAGGCACCGGGACCGCCUGAAUGGGGAGCUGGAGAGCCUGGCCAGCCUGCUCCCGUUUCCGCAGGAUGUCGUCUCCAAACUGGACAAGCUAACUGUGCUGAGACUCUGUGUCAGCUACCUCCGGGCCAAGAGCUUCUUCAGCGUGGUCUUCGGAUCCUCGGACGCCAGAGGCCCCAGUCUGCAGGGGGAGGAGCUUCUGGAAGCGGAGCUCCUGCUGAAGGUGCUAAAUGGUUUCCUGCUGGUGGUCAGCGCCGAUGGAAUGAUCUUCUACGUCUCUCCUUCCAUAAAGGACUACCUCGGCUUCCAUCAGUCUGACGUCAUCCACCAGAGCGCCUACGAGCUCAUCCACACGGAGGACCGGUCCGAGUUCCGGAAGCAGCUCCACUGGGCGUUCAAGCCGCCCCCCAGCCCUCAAGGCAGCCCAGGGGACUCCUGUAAGACCCGACCCCUGAACCAUGAGCCAGCUUGCAAUCCAGAAAAUCUUCCUCCUGAGAACUCAGCCUUCCUCAAGAGGAAUUUCGUGUGCAGGUUGAGAUCUUUUCUGGACAACUCCUCCGGAUUUCUGGCCAUGAAUGUUCAAGGCCGCCUAAAGGUCCUGCACGGGCAGAAGCGCAGGUCCCCAGAUGGCUGCUUGGUGCUGCCUCAGCUGGCCCUCUUUGCCUUGGCCACGCCCCUUCAGCCACCCUCCAUCGUGGAGAUCCGGACGAGGAACUUCCUCUUCAGGACCAAACACAAGCUGGACUUCACCCCCACGGCCUGUGAUGCCAGAGGGAAGCUUGUUCUGGGCUACACAGAGGCUGAGCUUUGUGACCGAGGGACAGGUUACCAGUUCAUCCACGCGGCAGACAUGCUGUACUGCGCUGAGAAUCACAUUCGCAUGAUGAAGACCGGAGACAGCGGGAUGACCGUCUUCAGGCUGCUCAGCAAGCAGAGCCGAUGGUUGUGGGUCCAGGCCAACGCCCGGCUGAUCUACAAGAACGGCAAACCCGACUACAUCAUUGCUUCUCAGAAGGUCCUCACGGAUGAAGAGGGGGAGGACAACCUCAGAAAACGCAAUCUCAGGCUGCCGUUUCACUUCGCCACGGGAGAGGCGCUCCUGUAUGACUCCGGCUUCCUCAGGUCCCUCAGUGAUGCCGGCCUGGGAGGCGGAGUCCCUUCUGGGCAGGGGUCCCUGGACCCCGACUCCCUCCUGGGUGCUAUGCUGAAGCAGGAUGACUCCAUCUAUGUCUGCCUUCCAGGGCAGGAGCAGAUCUCCCUCCAAUCUGGCGAGCUCCCCAACACUGCUGGGGACGCGGGCUCCAUAUUUCACAGUGACUGGAACCAGAACCAUUUGAUAUUUCCGGAAAGUAUUGUCACAGAGCCGGAUAGCCGAUCAGAAGAAGAUAAAAACGGCGACCUGUGGACUUUGAUGAGCAGCUUGGGCGUGUGCAGCGAGGACCUCGAGCUCCUCCAGCAGGACGGGACCUUCUUCAGAGAGGACACGCCUGGAAACGGCGAUAUCGCAGAUGUAGCCGAUGAGAUUCUGGCGUACGUAGGGGAAUCCCUCACGAGCCAGUCUGACUGUGUGCUCGCCGGCGAUUCUGGGAUGGCAGCGUGUUUAACGCAGUGCCAGAAACCUCACAGUCUUCUGUGCCAGAGCCGUCAGGAGCAACCUCCGGAUCCGCCGCGGUGCCCACCGGCACCCGACCGGCAGGACGUGUCCCUGGAAACAUGGACACGAGGAAGGGCGGCGGAGCAGCAGAAUCCGCAUGUGUGUAAGCAACCGCAACUUUUAAUGCAUCGGGAUGAUCUCCUGGCCGACUGUUCACAUCAGCGGCCACAUCACCGGUUGAGCCACGUGCAGGUCAGCGAGGACCCGCCCUCUUCUGUCGCCAUGGACGCUAUGAAUGGACACCCUUCCUCAUUCAAGUUGGAUCAGCCCCACCUGCAGAUGCUGCCCCCCCCAUUAUAUGGAUGCUUCAUUGUGGAGGGGCCACCCCCAGAGCUCCACGACCAGGACGGGCCGGUCUCGGACCCCGACGGCCUGUUCUCAGCCCGGCUGCCCCAAUUCCCGGUGGUUCUGGAGGACCACUUCCCUGCACUGGACCUGGAGGAGCUGCUGGGAAUCCCUGAGCUGGGAGGAGUGGGCGGUGAAGCGUGCGUCACUGUCAACCACCCGCCCGUGUCUCAGUGUGUGUCUGUAGCUGAGCUGCCUGGCCUGGGGGAGAGUCCCGUGCCCCCGCAGGCCCACUUCCAGAGUGGCACCGGUGACAUGGACGCGUUUUCCCAGGACUCCUGCACGCUGUCCUCCUUCCACCAGCAGGGGGGGGCGCUGCACCAGCUUCCCCACAUGAGCGCCCUGUACCCUGACCUGCCCCUGGGGGGCUUUGCAAGGUCCUCACGCCCAUGGCUCGGCUGAGUGGCCCCCGGUGGGGAUUCCGGAAUGAGGGGGGGGGACUUGGCAGUGAUCUCAAGGGACAACAAAGCACAAUGUUGGAGAUGGGAGGCUGGGGUAUAAAUGUUCCCCUCAAUGUAAUAAAAACCUGUUAUUUUGAAGUUGCGGGGACCAUUUUUCAGGUCCCCACAAAGAUCUGUUAAUGCAAUCAAAAAAGUAAAAAUGCCAAAAGUCUUAUAUGUUAUUUGGCUACUAAU